ACUCUCGUCAAACAAACAAAUCCCCCUAAAGCUUUUGUCAAAAAAAGAAUCUCUCUAAAGGUAAAGUCUAUAUAAAUAAAUAAGAAGGAAGAAACCCAACACACACAGUAGUAGGGAGGUAGAUUUCCAUUUGUGUGCGCCACCAAACUACAACCUCCCCAAAUCCUCAAUGGCGAUCGCCUUUUGCCUCUCUCCAGCUUCCUCUUCUUCAUCGUUAUCAUUUUCUAAUCUCAAUCCCCACCGUUCACUUCUCUCAUCGUCUUCAUCGUCCCAUCUUCACCUUCGUUUCUCUUCCGCAACCGUUAACUCCCUUACCUAUCCCAACAGCCGCAGUUUGUCUCAUUUUGUUGCUGCUUCCACCGGUGGCGGAGUGGGUGGAUUCAACGGUGGAGGAUCUUCAGGUGGCGGCGGCGGCGGCGGUGAUGAUCACGGCGACGACGGUGGUGAAUCCGACGAAAAUGCAGGCGGAAAGAACAGAGCGGAGGCUUUUUUGGUUCUUAAAGAAGCGGGGAGGUCUCUGGAGAGUUUGCCUAAGGACUUGGCGGCGGCUAUUGAGGCGGGGCGGAUUCCUGGGUUGGUUGUCAGUAGGUACUUUGCGCUUGAGAAGUCGGGAUUGAUCCGGUGGCUGAUGCAGUUCGCUGGAUUUAGGGAGAGGCUUUUGGCUGACGAUUUGUUCUUGGCUAAGGUUGCUAUGGAGUGCGGUGUUGGAAUGUUCACUAAGACUGCUGCUGAGUAUGAGCGCCGAAGGGAAAACUUUUUCAAUGAGCUUGAAGUUGUUUUUGCAGAUGUGGUAAUGGCCAUAAUUGCAGAUUUCAUGCUUGUUUUUCUUCCUGCCCCCACUGUUUCUCUACGACCUGCGCUUGCACUCAAUGCAGGAUUCAUUGCCAAGUUUUUCCAUAACUGCCCUGAUAACGCCUUCCAGAUUGCUCUCUCUGGAACAUCAUAUUCAGUAAUGCAGAGAAUUGGUGCCAUAUUGCGCAAUGGUACCAAGCUUUUUGCAGUUGGCACUGCUUCAUCACUGGUUGGUACGGUUGUGACAAAUGCCUUGAUUAAUGCAAAGAAGGCAGUAAAUAAGGAUGCUGCUGUUGAAGUUGAGAAUGUGCCUAUAGUAUCCACCAGUGUUGCCUACGGUGUGUACAUGGCAGUUUCUAGCAACCUCAGGUAUCAAGUAUUGGCCGGUGUUAUUGAACAGCGUUUCUUGGAACCCUUACUACACCAACACAAGCUCAUGCUAAGUGCAAUGUGCUUUGCUGUUAGGACUGGCAAUACAUUCUUGGGUUCAUUAUUGUGGGUGGACUACGCUCGUUGGAUAGGAAUCCAGAAAUCCCAUUAGUAAUUGUUGGUUCGCCUUCACUGCCAUUUCUAUUUUUCUUUAUUUAAAAGGAAUCAUAUAGAGUGAAGUUAGUCUCCCUUGCUCCACUACAGAGAUGUUGUAAAAGAAUGGCAAAUUGCUAAAAAUUGGAUUUGUGGGGGAGUUUUUGGUGCUUAGGAUGCUUUGGAUAUUCUUUGUCGUAGUACAUUUACAGCUCUUGACAGUGCUAACACAUGGGAUUUUGAUAAUUAGUUUCUGGUCCAUUAUAAUUUCAACCCCAUUCAUGAGGAUUUGUGGUACACUGUUACAUAAACUUGAAUUGUUGUUGUUUUCUUUAUUAUGGAAUGAGUUUUUGUAAUUAUUGAAGAGAUCUGUAUUCUGUGGUUCGAGCAAAUUACUAUAGUUUUAUGGCUCCAAAAA